AUGGCGUAUGAUGCAACAGCCAUAGAGUUUCGAGGUGUUAAGGCAAAAACAAACUUACCAAUUCCUGUUGAUUUGACUCGAAGUCCCAGUGAGGUGAGUACUAUUGAAUCAUCUACCACGAUGACUAAGUUGAAGAAGGUGGAGGUUCCUGAGGAACUGGUGAUAGUUGAAUCAUCACCGCUCCCAUUGGAUCUAACCCUUGGCAGGUCCUCAUACUGUCUAGGAAGUAAGUUCUUUUCCUCCCAGACUCAGAAUCAUCUUGAUGCUCGUGGUGGUGGUGGCGGUCUUGAUCGUGGUGAAAUGUUUCAUACUAAUGGAUUUGGAUCCGUAAUCAUAGGUUCCGAUGCAGGAGAUCUCAGUGAGUCAGAUUCUUCAUCAGUGGUUGAUUUUAUGGAUAGCGAUACUAAGGGUAUUCAGAUCGACCUCAAUUUUCCACCGGUGCCUAAGAAAAUGUGA